AUGGACAAACUGUCUGUCUUUUUAUUUGUUCAUUCGUUUUACACCAUUGUCAACGCAGGUAAGAUGGACUUUCUCUCAAACUUAAUUAAUUAUUUAUUAUGUUAUGAAAUGUCAUUUUCCAUAACUGUAUAAUAUCACUCCUCUCCCAGGUUCAGGAUCACAUUCUCUGUGGGCACUUGCAACACACAUCAUCGGAGAGACGCCUUUCCCUGAGUUUACGGUUGUGGUGAUGUUGGAUGAUGUUCAAGUGGCUUACUAUGACUCCAACAUGAAACACUUUAUCUACAGGGUACAUAACACCCCUAACAAAAUACAUGAUAACGAAGUUCAGGACGGAGCUUAUGUAUUUGGAAUUAUGUACCACCACAUGAAAGAGAGAUCAUUUAACCUAAAGCACCACUUAAACCUCACAGAAGGUGUUCAAGUUCAGCAAAGAAUGGCUGGCUGUGAGAUGUUGGACAAUGGUGAACCGGCCAUGUUCAUGUUUAAGGAGAUUUUUUAUGCCAUUUAUACAUAUUAUGCAGCAUAUUUCAACAUUACACAUUUGACAUACGAUGCUGGGAAACUACUACCAGGAUAUUAUGGGAUGAGGCAAGCACAUGAAAGAGUACUAUUUGAGAAUGCUUGGCAUCCCAUUUGCAUCAGAACACUGUAGACAAUCCUGAAGAGAGAGAAGAACGUUGUGAUGCGUAGAGUGUCUCCCAGACUCAGGUUGAUAAAGAAAGAGGUUUCUGGAGGACUCCAGGUGAGCUGCCUGGAGUUUGGUUUCUACCCCCGCCACAUCAACCUGACCCUGCUGAGAGACGGCCAUCCAGUGGCAGAACAGGAGCUGACGGGUGGAGGUUCUGCCUAGUGGAGAUGGGACCUACCAGCUGAGGAAGAGUCUGGAGGUCAGUACUGAGGAGCUAAAGAAGAGACACAACUACACCUGUACUGCCUCUCACCUCAGUCUGGACAACAAGCUGGAUGUCAGUUGGGAGUCUGGGGCAGAGAGAGUACACCUAUCCACACUCUCAGCUCUACUGGUAAUGGUUCUGAUUGUUAUUCUGUUGGGCAUUUUCAUUUGCGUCAAAAGGAGGUGGAGAUGCACUGCCUCCCAGUGUAAACUUGCCAACGUUGAUGAAAAAGUGUCAGAGGAAAUUAACCUUUCUUCAGAUUCUGAGACCUAAUAUAUUUUUGGGACACUGAUGCAACUUUGUCAAUUCAGCUCAAUUCACAAUGAAAAUAUAACUGCCAGAGCAUCUAUGAGGGCAGACACAAAAUGUGCAAAAUAUUCUGUUAUUGUCAGUCAAUCUUCCCUUCCCCUCAACAAAGGACUGUAACGGAUCAGUUUGGGUAGACUGUUGACAAUAACAAAUAUCUGCGCAUUAUUAGUACAGAUCUGAAUUCAUAUAUUUUAUAGGCUGGUUUGGCAACCUGAGCAUUAAAAAAGGUAAUCUGGUAGUUAUUUCUGUAAUGCAAUUUCUAAUCAUGACUAUUCAUUCAUUGUACAAUGCACUCUAUAUAUGUGCUGUAUUAGCUGAUAGCCAGUAUCUUAACCAGAAGGAGAAUCAUGUGAUCAUGUGUAUGAGGUCUGUUUAUUAUUGGAAUGACUUUACUGUUUUGUAUUGUAUGUAGUGUAUGUUCAUCCUACCUGCACAAUAAUACCCUUUAUUACAGACAAUAAAAUGUAGCCUAAUCGAUUAAUGCAUCGAUUCAUUUUAACUACGACAUUAAUUAAAGCAAUGUCAAGUAUACCUUAAUUUCUCUCAGGAACUUAUUUAUCACUGUGGAAGGGAGAGAAAUCUGACACUCUAUUUCACUCCAGUUUAAGACUGGCAUGAGUAUUCAACUAAAGUGAAUGUUGUAUGCAUUAUAAACAAUUAAACCGUUUUAUCAUAGAAUGCCUUUAGUAGAGAAUGAAUCUGUUUGAUUGUAGUCAGUGCCAUGAAAGUCCUUUUCUAUUUUACAGUAGCACACCGCUCGUUUUAAACAUCAUUUGUUUAGUGUUACUUUUCCCCAGUCAAAUAUUCAGGCCUACAUUUCCACUUCAAGGCUGGACCACAACAUCAAACAUAGCUUUUGAAUGUAAGAUAUAGUUUAAUUAACUGUUAUUUUGUAUUGAACACUAACUGGAAUGUCUCCAUUCCACAUUUAGAAAUAAGUAUCCUUCCAUGUUACCUGCUUCCUAAUGAAACCAGCUAGGUUCAAACCUAGGUCUCCUGCGCACCACGAUACUGUGUUAGCCCUCUGAGCUAAAUCCUAGAACCACUGGCGACAUUCCUAAACCUGCUGUCUUGCUGCUAUUUUACAUAUAAAACAAACAUCAAUAUCUUAUCUACAUUUCAUUACUGACAUAAAGGGCAUGUGUACAAAGGCUGUGCUCCAAAUAGCACCCUAUUCCCUACAUAGUGCACUAUGGGCCCUGGUUAAAAGUAGUGCACUAUAUAGGGAAUAGGGUGCCAUUUGGGAUGUAGCCAUAUUUACUGGCUUUAGUCAAUUAAGUUCCCCAAGUCUGCACGCUCCAGUGUUUAACCUAAAGGAAGAAAAAGGCUGAAUUGUAUUUGUCUUGGAGACUAAUACCUCAUAAAGAGUAAAUGUCAUUUGUCAAUCUGAAAUGAGUCAAGAGUUAAUGCUGUCUACCCUUUUCCAAAGAAAGUAUUGUUCAUUGUGAAACUUGCCUGGUUGUCGUUCAUCCUUCCUGAAAUUGCACUGGGGCACAAAAUAACCAACAAUGUCCAUAUCUGACACACACACAGCCACACAGUCACACACACAAGCAGGGACGGACAGACUUGGAGGUCGGGGGCCCCCAAAUAGCAUGUGAUAGCAAAAAGUGUGGAAUUGCAGGAAAUUAGCUUUAAAACUGCAACAUUUUAUUUUAACCUCAUGACAAAAUGUGUAGAAUAACAUUAUAAAACUGCUAAUUCUUCUUACUGCACCAUGGCAAAAUGUGUUGAAAUGUAGGAAAUUAGCUGAUUCCCCCCCUUCUGCCAAUUAUUUGGAUCUCAAACCUGAUACAAUUCGGCUCCACAUGUGAUCUCAGUCUGGAAGCAAAAAUCACAUUUUAUUUGCUCUUAAGUGUUUGCACAUGACCUGCCAUUACCAUGACAACCACCCCCAAAAUGUUAGGGAACAUUUUUAUCCUGAAAUAAAAAUAUAAGAAUAAGGCACUCCUUAGUUAGUCAUUCAGAAUUCUAUUAUAAAAGUCUAGGGUUGAACAGUUAUAGGAACUAAACAUAAGCAACAACUAUGUCUGUUUGUUUGUACUAUUAAAUAGACAAAUAACUUUUAUAUGAGCAGCUACUGUUUUAAAACUUUGUAUGGCAAUAUAAUUCAUACAUAAUUGAAUGUCACCCUGCCAUUUUAAAACAAAAGAUGGCUACUGUAAUAUCCAUCCAAAAGCACAAAUAACCGAAACUAAAUGGGUCAAAGUCUCCGUUCCAAAGCAUGUUCCAACUGAGUUAGAGUGGAUACAAUACCUAAUGGUGGUUCAUAUUUGGCCAGCUGUAUUGCUGGGAAACUGAUAUUUUCCACAAGUCGAUGGCCCCAAAACUUUCCCUUCCUUUUCCUGUUUCAUUGAUUUAAUGGCAACAGUCAGUCAUUUUCUUGGCAAAGUGGUCCACAUCUUAUUUAGCCUCUUAUACAAGUUUGUUUGGAUUGUAAACUGUGUUCAGAAGGUGUCAUUAAAAAUUCACAUUCCUGCACACACACUCCGAGAGGAGACGGGAUGGGAGGAUUGUGUUUGUGUGUAUGUAUGAGGACAGCUGGACAGGUGGAAAACAGAGAGGGGCAGAAUUAGCAGGCUAAUGCACACAUAAACACGCACAAGUGAACCAAGCCGCACACAUGCUGCACACUCUAGCACAAAUGUGUAUCACAGACAGACAGACAGACAGACAGAAAAUGAACAUGAUCACACACACACAUUCAGGUCUAAGGAUUUCACUGAACGAUUUUUGUAAUUCAUUUAGAGUGUCAUAUGACUGGUGUUUGGCUGUGCGCGCAACAUGCAACAUGACUCACCCUCUAUUCCUCAUUCCACCCUCAGUUUUCUUUGUUUUGAAUUCCCAACUCCACUUGUUUGACUCGUUCAACAACAUUAAAAGACCUUGUUUUGAUAAGUGAAAAGAAAAGUCUGUCACUUCACUUGAGAGCUAGAAACCUGCUACACGAGGCUAUUGGAAAAUAGUGAACACUCAAAAUCAUGGACAAACUGUCUGUCUUCUUGUUCUUUCUUUCCUUUUACACCAAUGUCAACGCAGGUAAGAUGGACUACUUACUUUCUAUCAAACUCAUUUAAUGAUUUGUUAUGUUAUAAAACGUAAAAUGUGAUCUCAGUCUGGACGCUCAAAUCAAAUUUUCUUUACUCGGAAUUGUUUACACAUGACCGGCCAUUACCAUGACAACCACCCCAAAAAUGUUAAGGAACAGUGACAGGAAAUGAGCAUUGCAUCUGUGUGCUACUUCAGAGGCUACAUCAGUGUAAAUGCGUAAAUCUGAUAUGGGUCACAUGUAAAACUGCGUGUGGACAGUCAGAAAAAAAGAUUGGAUGUAGGGGAAAAAACAGAAUUGGGUUCUUCAGGUGGAGAAUUCAAUAAAUCAUAUUUUUUUAUAUAAAUAAUGGCUAGCUAAAGUGCUAAAAUUCAGCAUUUUGACAUGUCCCUCCGUCAACAAUGUGUCACUUCUAGGAAGAUUUCAACCCACUUAAUCCCAAAAUGUCUCCCAAUUUUUACCAUCAUUGUAAAGCCCUAGCUAUUUUGUUGCUUUGACAAAGUCAAAUAGAUACUAGAGAACAUCUAAUGUGAUGGACCAUAUGACUGGACAGAUACUAGAGAACAUCUAAUGUGAUGGACCACAUGACUGGACAGAUACUAUAGAAUAUCUAAUGUGAUGGACCAUAUGACUGGACAGAUACUAUAGAACAUCUAAUGUGAUGGACCAUAUGACUGGACAGAUACUAUAGAACAUCUAAUGUGAUGGACCAUAUGACUGGACAGAUACUAUAGAACAUCUAAUGUGAUGGACCAUAUGACUGGACAGAUACUAUAGAAUAUCUAAUGUGAUGGACCAUAUGACUGGACAGAUACUAUAGAACAUCUAAUGUGAUGGACCAUAUGACUGGACAGAUACUAUAGAACAUCUAAUGUGAUGGACCAUAUGACUGGACAGAUACUAGAGAACAUCUAAUGUGAUGGACCAUAUGACUGGACAGAUACUAUAGAACAUCUAAUGUGAUGGACCAUAUGACUGGACAGAUACUAUAGAACAUCUAAUGUGAUGAACCAUAUGACUGGACAGAUACUAUAGAACAUCUAAUGUGAUGGACCAUAUGACUGGACAGAUACUAUAGAAUAUCUAAUGUGAUGGACCAUAUGACUGGACAGAUACUAUACUGUAGAUCUGUGCAAAAACAUUAUCAGGCAGUGUGGAUAAAUUUCACACUUCUUCGGCAGUGGUUAAUAUUUGGCUAGCUGUAUUGCUGGGAAACUGAUAUUUUCCACAAGUCGAUUCAAGUCAAGAGUUGCCCCAAAACUUUCCCUUCCUUUUCCUGUUUCAUUGAUUUAAAGGCAACAGUCAGUCAUUUUCUUGGCAAAGUGGUCCACAUCUUAUUUAGCCUCUUAUACAAGUUUGUUUGGAUCGUAAACUGUGUUCAGAAGGUGUCAUUAAAAAUUCACAUUCCUGCACACACACUCCGAGAGGAGACGGGAUGGGAGGAUUGUGUUUGUGUGUAUGUAUGAGGACAGCUGGACAGGUGGAAAAAAGAGAGGGGCAGAAUUAGCAGGCUAAUGCACACAUACACACGCACAAGUGAACCAAGCCGCACACAUGCUCAGAUUCACUUGAGAGCUAGAAACCUGCUACACGAGGCUAUUGGAAAAUAG